UAAUCUGAACUGGUAUUUGGUAACUGGGUUUGAAAAACGAGAGACGCGACCGGCAGCCAGGGUCAGCCAGUCCGCCGCGAUGAGACUCUUCUUGGCCGGCUCCGUGCUGCUGUCGGCGGCCGCUUACUACGUCUACCUGCCGCUGCCGAGCGGGGUUUGCGAGCCGUGGAAACUGAUGCUGCUGGACGCGCUGUUUAGGAGCUUCAUGCAUGCGAGCGAUGUGGCUCAUGCGCUGGGAGUGACCCAUCGUGUUCACCUGGUGAACCAGAUAGUGUCCUUGGCGGAGGUGAUCGAGGCUUACCCCUGCCCUGCCGUGCACGUUUUCGACUCCACACUGGGCGGCGUGUCCACACGUGUCUUCCAGCCGAAGGGCGGGAAGAAGCUUAAAAGAGGAGUCCUUUACUUUCAUGGCGGAGGAUGGACCCACGGUAGCGGACGGAUGCGAUCCUAUGACCAUAUGUGUAGGAGAAUGGCGGAGGAUCUGGACGCUGUCGUCAUGUCUGUUGAUUACCGUCUUGCUCCAGAGGCGGUGUUCCCAGAGCAGUAUCAUGAUGCGCUUGCAGCAUCGAGGGCCUUCCUGUCGGCCCAGGUUUUAGAGCACUACAGCAUCGACCCAGAGAGAGUGUGUGUGUCCGGAGACAGCGCUGGAGGAAACCUGGCUGCUGCUGUGGUUCAGGAGAUGACCUCAGAUGACAGUCUGACAGUGAAGUUCAAGGCCCAGGCGUUGAUCUACCCUGUGAUGCAGGCGCUUGACUUCAACACCCCGUCCUACCAGCAGAACCAGGCGGUGCCCAUCCUCUACAGGCCUGCCAUGGUUAAUUUCUGGCUGCUGUACCUCGGCGCUGACUCCUCCCUGGAGACACUACUGCUCGCUAACAACCACAGCUCCCUGGACCAGCCAGCCAUCAGCGCCAGGACCCGUUCCAAGUUUGACUGGACCACUUUGCUCCCAGAUAUACGCAAGAAGCAGUUCCAGCCGGUCAUCAGAGAAACAGGAUCGUUGGGGGUGGUGGACGAGUUGCCGGCGCUGAUGGAUGUGAGGGCGGCACCACUGCUGGCAGAGCUGGAGGUUCUGGGUAGGACGCCUAAAGCAUAUGUGAUGACAUGUGAGUUUGAUGUUCUGAGGGAUGACGGGUUGAUGUACGUCAGGCGGCUGCAGGAAGCCGGCGUCACGGUGACCAGCGAUCACUACGAGGAUGGUUUCCAUGGCUGCAUGGCGUUUGCAUUCCUUCCCAUGUUGUCCAGUGUUGGACAGAGGAGCCUGGACAACUACAUCAACUGGCUGGACCAGAAUCUGUAGACCAACCAACUCCUCCAGGGGUCUCAUUCAUAAUCAUUGCGUACGCACAAAACAGAGCCUGAAAAAAGGCGUACGCCACCUCCCACACAAGAGUUGUGAUUUAUAAAAACAAACCUGAAGGGAGAAUGUACCCACCUGUACGUAAACUCUGACCCAUGCGUAAAACCUUUUGGAGACAGGGGAAACUGGUGACAGUUGGUGAGGCGAUGAAAUGAAACCAGACUUUUUAAUGAUUCCUCUCACACACUUCAUAUCAAACAUUAAUUAUAGAUCCAAGUUAUCCAUCUUUCAAUUUGUAAAGAUAUAAGCCAACUGAAAUCUUAAAUCAGAGUCUGCUCAACAUUUCAUCAGUGCUGUUUCACAUGGAGCACAGAGGAGAGGCUCAGCUGUGGAGCAGCACAGCCACUGCUGAAAUGAAUGAUGAUGUUUUAUAAAAAUGAGACCCCAAAUCUUUUUGAACAGGGCUCUGUAUAAUCCAGUUGAGACAUUUUGUGACACCAAAGAUGUACUGGAGCAGGAAGUCUGGUACAUGAGAGCUUCUUGUUGGACCUACAGGGAGGAGAAAAAGAGAAAUAAGAAAAGAGAAUAAUACUUCUAAUCUAUAUUAAAUAGAAUUUGAAAACAAAAUCCACAAACAAAUCUAGUUGUAAAUCAGAAUGACUGGAUCUGUAGAUCUGCAAUCGAAAGCAAAGCAUUGUCACUGUGCCUUAAAACCAAAAUGCCUCACAUCAAUUGUAAGUUAACCAAAGAAAGUUGCGCAGAGAAACAUUCGUAUAAUUCAAAAUCCAAACAUCGGUAUACUUCAGGCUCAUGACUUUCAAAAUCUGGAAGUUUAUGCACAGGAUAAUAGCAGAAGAGUUAAAUUAGCCUUAAAACAACAUCCAUUUUUCCAAGUUAGGUAAACAUUGAAAAUGAUGAGCCUUAAUUAUAUUAACAGGCUCCUUAUCAGACUUGUGUUGGAGCUCAAAGUCGCUCAGAAACUAUCUUCAGCUUUUACUCUUUUAUGAUGCACUGAGACACUGAAAUAGUCUCACACACACACACACACACAGACAGACACAAAACAGGCCAGUUAAGGCUACUCUGUGUGUGUGUGUGUGUGUGUGUGUGUGUGUGUGUGUGUGUGUGUGUGUGUGUGUGUGUGUGUGUGUGUGUGUGUGUGUGUGUGUGUGUGUGUGUGUGUGUGUGUGUGUGUGUGUGUGUGUGUGUGUGUGUGUGUGUGUGUGUGUGUGUGUGUAGUAAAAGUAUGCCAGAGUUCACAGCUGUGUAUACUCUCUGGAUUGUGCAAUAUUGUAUGUUUGAAAGUAUCCCUCAUUUUCUCUAACUUCACCCUCUGAUGACCACUGUACUGCAGGGCGAAUGCAAUGAUGAUGAUGAUAGCUGUGAAAUUUAUGCAAGCAUUACUGUAUCACCACAAGAGAAGAGAUCCCAAAUGGACUAUCAUGUUUUCCUCCCCCAACCACCGUCAGCCCAGAGCUAAUAUAAUGAACCGACGACAGCGAGCGCCUGACAGACUCGGUUUGGCUCUCUGCCACAAAACGCAGAGAGCCAAGACUGUAGCAGAAACACUGAGCUGAGUGUGGUCCGUACAACGCUUCACAUUAUUCAAGAAAAAAUACAUUUGAAAUUGUUACACUGGCUAUCAAGAGACUGUGACUUUCUUUUCUUGAAGGGAAAUUAUUCCAGACAGCUUAUUCCCAAACAUGGAUUUCUGUGAGCAAGGCAAAUUCCAAGCAUUACCCCUCCAAACACACAUCUUGUAUACUUUUUAGUAAAAAAGUGACUGAUUGAUAUGUAUGAAUAGUUUAAUAAGUGAUUUUCUAAAUUUGAACUGUGGAAUUUUAAAAUUAGAUGAGGUGGUGUUGAUUGUAGAGAAAGACUUUUGAAUGUUUUAAGCGCUGUGAUUCAAAUGCUGCAAGUGAAAUUAAGCAUUAAAUAGUUUUGUAAUGUACAAAUACGGUUUUAAUAUAAGUUGGGUUACAUAACAGGUAAUUUCAGCCAAGCAAAUACACAAAACCGCUCCCAGAUGUGCACUACAGCGCUAAUAAAUCUUGUAAAAUAGUUUUUUUUAUUAGCUGCUGUGACAACUCAAAUGGUACGCAGGGAGCGAGAUCACAAUAUUUCCACUUAUUCUUAUGCUAUUUUUUCCCCCUAUAAUGUAGUUUAUGUAGUUUUUAUAUAUGAAGAUAUUUUUCUGUCAGUGCCAAUGCAUAAGGUUUUAAAGCCAUGACAUUCUUGGGCAGUGUUUUACUGUGAUCA